CCCGCGCUGCCGCUGCUCGGCACCGCCGCGCACCUGCUGCACCCCGCGGCCCCCCGGCACCUGGGCGCCCUGGCGCGGCGCUACGGGCCGGCGCUGCGGCUGCGCCUCGGCGGCACCGAGUGGACCUUGCACCCCCAUACCAGGACCUGCACCCCCAAACCGGACACUGUGCCCCUUCGUGUCCCCCCCCCCCCAGAUGUGCUGGUGCUGAGCUCGGUGGAGACCAUCCGGGAGGCCUUUACCCGCCGCUGGGGUGCCUGCGCCGGGCGCCCCCCCAGCUACCUGGCGGGGCUGGUGUCGCGGGGUGGGCAGGACCUGGCGCUGGGCGACAUCUCCCCGGGGUGGCGGCGGCAGCGCCGGGCCACCCGCGACGCCCUGGCCCGGGCCCAGGGGCACCUCGAUGCCAUCCUCAGCCAGCAGGCCGAGGCCCUCUGCCAGGACCUGCGGCGCUACCGGGGGGCCCCGGCCGACGUGGCCGAGGAUUUCGCCUUCCGCACCUGCAGCACCAUCUGCAGCCUCGUCUUCGGCUCCCUGAUGCCCCCCGAGGCCGAGGUGCGCGACUUCACCCGCUGCAUCAUGGGGCUACUGGAGCUGUGGGGCAGGGCCAGCGUGCGGGUGCUCGACCUGCUGCCCCCACUGCGGGCGCUGCCCAACCCAGCACUGCGGGAGCUGCUGCGCCUGGUCGAGCGCCGCGACGCCUUCGUGCAGACCCAGCUGCAGCGGCAUGAGGCGGCCGGCUGCCCCGCCGGGGGGGUCCUGGGCGAGCUGUGGCCAGACCCCGGCGUCCGGGGGGGGCCACUGGGCCCCGGGCGCCUCCACAUGGCCCUGGUGGAUCUGUUCAUCGGCGGCACCGAGACGACGGCGGCCGCCCUGGGCUGGGCCGUCGCCUUCCUGCUGCACCGGCCUGAGGUGGCGGCGGGCGCCCGGGCCGAGGCGGCCGGCGGCUCCCGGCGCCUCCUGGCCGCCAUCGUCGGCGAGAGCCUGCGGCUGCGGCCGCCGGCCCCCCUGGCGCUGCCCCACCGCGCCUGCACCCCCACCAGCAUCGCAGGGAUCCCGGUGCCCCGCGACUCCCUGCUCAUCCCCAACCUCUUCGCCGCCCACCACGACCCCGACAAGUGGCACCGGCCCGAGGACUUUCUGCCAGAGCGGUUCUUGGCGGCGGCGCCAGGCCGGGCACUGGUGCCCUUCGGCUGUGGGGCCCGGGCCUGCCUGGGCGAGGGGCUGGCGCGCGCCGAGCUCCUUGUCUUCUUGGGCCACAUCCUGCGCCACUUCCGUCUGGAGCCACCGGCGCCCGGCGUCCUGCCAAGCCUGGAGGUCACAGCGGGCACCGUGCUGCGUUGCCGCCCGUUCCGCGUGCGCCUCAUCGCCCUGGAGCCCUGAGGCCCACCCGGAUGCCUGGGCCCACUCAGGCGCUUGGGCCCACUCAGAUACCUGGGGCCUCCCAAAUGCGUGGGCCCGCUUGGACAUCUGGGCCCAUU